GAGAACAUGCACAACCCCAGUGAAGGCUGCCUGGACGACGACAAGCCCGACGUCAUGUUGCCCUGCUUCCGCAGAAACAUGUACGAGGAGCCUCUCGCCCUGUACUCCAACGGAUCCAUCAUCUCCCAACUCCGCAAGACGAUCCACACCAAGAGGGCCCUCGAUGAGAGCCACUUCUACCUUUCCAGCUCCACCGCCGCAGACUCCGGUCAGGAGGACCAGUGCAGCGUCUCCUCGAAGGACAGCGCGGCGGAGGCCCCCUCUCCCGGUGCGCACGUUGCUGCCGGAGCCGGCGCGGAGGGGGAGCAUCCCGUGCCGGACCACCUGCAGGCCAAGAGGGCCAGAGUGGAGAACAUUAUCCGGGUCAUGGCGGGCUCUCCCAACAGCAGGCAGCAUGGAGACAGCGAGAGGUCUGACACGGACGCCAGAGACGCCCGAGACGCCAGAGACGCCAGAGACGCCAGAGAGGCGUACAGGGAGAACAAGCGCAAACAGCGGUUGCCCCAGCACCAGGAACACGGCGCGGCGGGACCGGCAAACAGAAGACCCGGAAGCAGCAGCAGUGACAACUGCAGCACCAAGGACGAUGAGUGUCACAAGCUGAAGGAGCAGCUCCACAGCAUGCAAAGGCUCCUGCGUCAGCUCCAGGAGAAGUUCCUUCACGUCUACAACCAAGAAGACCCCGAACACAACGGCGGGGACGAGGCAGACCGCGACGGGCCGGGGGAAAGCCCGCAGUCGCGCUACGGAAGCCCCGAAGGCGGGUUCGACGGGAAGAACGGCAGAGCGGCCGCAGAGGGCAAGGAGCGAAUGAAAGUAGCCCAGAGGGAAAGCCCCAACCUGCAGGAAGCCCUGAAGAAGGAGCUCUCCAGGGCUGUGAACGACUGCGUGGACAGGGUGUUCAAGAAGGUGUCCUCCGCAGGGCCGGAUCGGUCCCCCCAGCAGCGCGUGUGCUCGUCUCCCGAGGUCGGCGCAGACAGGAAGAGCCAGCAGGCCGCGGCCACGCAGGAGCAGCCGCGGGACGAAGAGGCGGCGAAACCCCGCCCUUUGGAGUACUACGAAAGCUCCGAGGCCCAAAGCCCACAGGACCAGACGGAGGCGCUGUCGCUGGUGGUCCGCAAGCCGGCCGUGACCCCUCUGAGCUCGGUCACCCCGGCUGUGAAGAGGCCCUAUGCCGUGCACCAGACACCGUUUCAGUUCAACUACAGCACCCCUCUGCACGACAGUCAGAUCCUAGAGCAUCUCCUCAAGUACGGGCCCCACUCCAACUUUGGGGUCCUCCCUUGCAUGCCCCCGUCAAUGGACAGGACGUCCCCGGACUCGGCGGACCUGCCCUGGGACACCAUGGCCAUGAGGUCCAAGGUGGCAUCCGGCCACCUCGGCCACCACCCCCGCGCCUCGGCCAUGGGGGCGGUGGCGGUCGACAACCUGUGCCUCCCCCACGUCAAGAUCGAGUGCGGCGAGCUGCAGAGCAUGGCGGAGCGGAACCCCUACAUGUCCCUCAACAUCCAGGAGGGCCUCACCCCGAGCCAUCUGAAGAAGGCAAAGCUGAUGUUCUUCUACACCCGCUACCCCAGCUCCAACGUGCUGAAAACCUUCUUCCCAGACGUCAAGUUCAACCGCUGCAUCACCUCACAGCUGAUCAAGUGGUUCAGCAACUUCAGGGAGUUCUACUACAUCCAGAUGGAGAAGUUUGCCCGGCAGGCCAUCGUUGACGGCGUCAGUGACGUCAAAGACAUGACGGUCAGCAGGGACUCAGAGCUGUUCCGGGCACUGAACAUGCACUACAACAAAGCCAAUGACUUCCACGUUCCAGACAGAUUCCUGGAGGUCUCUGAGGUCACCCUGCAUGAGUUUUACACUGCCAUUUCUGCAGCCAAAGAUUCCGACCCCUCUUGGAAGAAGGCCAUAUACAAGGUGAUCUGUAAACUGGACAGCGACGUCCCGGAGGAGUUCAAGACAUCUUCCUAUUUAUAGGAGGACGGGUGGAUACUUAGAACAUAACAAGGAAUGGGAGUUAGCCACUAACAAUUCCAGAAUUAUUUCCUCCUUUCUUGUAGUGCAUUGUAGUGAGGUGAGCUGUAGAUGUUGGAUAAUUAAUCUUUUUUUU